CUCCCUUCUUUUCCGGUGUUAACAUCAUGGCGGCGGAGGGGGACGUGGAGCUGGAGCUGGAGGCGGAGGAGAACUGCGCUCUGUCCGGGAACAAAGCGCAGGAGAAGCCGCGGAAACACGACAGCGGCGCCGCGGACCUGGAGCGGGUCACGGACUACGCGGAGGAGAAAGAAAUCAGCAGCGAAGAUCUGCAGACGGCGAUGUCUGUGAUCGGAGACAGAAGAUCCAGAGAACAGAAAGCCAAACAAGAACGAGAAAAGGAGCUUGCAAAAGUCACGAUCAGGAAAGAAGACGUGGAGCUCAUAAUGUGUGAGCUGGAGAUCAGUCGUGCGUUGGCGGAGCGUUCUCUGAGGGAGCACCUGGGCAGUGUGGUCGAGGCUCUGGUGGCGCUCACAAACUGAACACACAACCUGAACACACACACACAACCCGAACACACACACAACCUGAACACACACACACAACCCGAACACACACAGCCUGAAUACACACACAACCUGAAUACACACACAGCCUGAACACACUUUGACAUCUGUCUUUCUGCUCUUUUUCUAAUAAAGUGUCAAACAAAUGUGA